GCCGCGCACAGCAACGGCAAGUCAAUUCUUCUUCGUUCGUCGCGGCGGAGAACGAUGCGAAUUGAUUCUUAGCCCACAAAGGUACUAGUACGGCGCGUGUCGAGGGAAGCGAGCAAGGGCGUCCGAUACGCUCUUGUCAUCUCCGCCUUGACCUGCUUUUCGAGGCGCUCCAAGGAAUGGAAUGCGGAGAACUAUCGUGCCAGCGUCCGUGAGUGGUACCCUUUGGAGCGGCAGACAAAUUGGAUUGCGCGACGUUUCGGGUCAACUGGCCGCGGAGCGUGCCACGUCACGGGUGGUGGGCAAUUCCCUUUAAUCGAGGUCGUUCAGGGAUACGAGCGGAAACGGUUGCCAACGCCCACGACGAACGCAUGGCGGCCUGCGCGCCACCCGCACCGGUGGUGAUCGGACUCGGUAGCAGCAGCGGUCCUUCGCCCACCGUCAUCACGCUCGUCGCAGCCUACUUUACAGGUCCCAUCGCGUUCACAGUGCUCGGCUCGGUCGCGCGAUCGUGGCGCGCUGCUGUGCUUGCCGACUCGGUGUGGCGCGAGCUCGUUGCCCGGGACUUUCCAGCCUCGCCGCUGCAGCCGUGGCCUGGUGCCUCGUGGCGGUGCGUGUACGUGGCCGAGUAUCGCCAGGUCGGGUCGCCGUCGCUCGUGCCACCGUGUGAGAACCACUCGAUCGUAAACCCAUCGACGUUCCACGUCAGCUGGGGGAGCACGCCCUUCCGCCUCGUGCUGGACGGGCACCGCUACGCUCGGCUAGCGCAUGUUAUGGACAUGUGGAAGACACGCCGGUUCAAGAAGAAUGGGUGGAAGGUCGUCGAGGUCGUCGUGUCCGAGACAGGCGUCGUCGUCCAUACGCCAGACGGCAUUCGCCUCAAAGCGCGGCUGCCAUUGCAGUACAUCGGAAGCAUCGUGGCGCACGACGACGGUGAGAUACAUAUCACCCCCAUGGAGGGCUCGCCGUACCCGCGGCGCAUCCACUUGCGUGCGUCGUCGCCAGCGCUCGCGCGUCUCUGGGUGGCCGUUGCGAUCGAAAACACCGCCGUCUUCACCGCCAAGCACAACCUCAUCUUGCACUCGACGCCGUCAGUCUCGGACGAAUUGCAGAGUCGCCUCCAAGAUAUUCUCAGCUUGCGCAAAUUGCACGCGUUUCGAUUGGCCCAAGACGUCUUCAAGACGCUGCCAGCCAACGCUGCGCGGAAGAACUCCAUCUCCCAGGACGCACUCCACGCGUUCACCGAGAAGCACGCGCUCAGCUUUCUCUCGCACAAAAGUGCGGCACACGCAAAGAAGCUUCCAAGCUUCCGCCUUCCGAGGCUGACAAAGUCGGCGCGGAGCGGCAUCCAGCGCGAGUGCGCGGCACUGCACCUCGUACCGGAGCCCGCCCUCCUUGUCGCAACGUGGCUCCACGACCAAGAUACCUUUGAAGGCCACACGUGUGCGCACUUUAUCCGCACCGCGCGCGCCAAGACCACGAGCGCUGCGUCCCCGCAACACUGCCACGCGUACCUCUGUGACGUCCGCGACGUCAUCGCACACGUGAUGCGCUAUGUGUUGGCCUAUCGCAAAAGUGAGCUCGGUGUGUUUGAGCUCUCGCAAGAGAGUCUCGAGACCGCCGUGCUCGCCGCGAUUGAGCGCAAGCUAUGUACCGACUUGGCCAAGCCCAUCAAAGAGUGGGCGCGAGGCUAUACGUCUCCAAUGAACGAAGCCAGUCUCGCGGCCAAGCUCACCAAAUGGAGCAAAUUACCACCGUCGAGUCCUCAAUUUGGCCUCGGCCCCGAGUUUUGCCUCCAGUGGGACACCGUCCUCGACCAGCUCGUGCUCAUGGAGACCGAGAUGCUGCCGUCUGGGAAGCUCCGGCUCCUCCUCGGCGCCGCCAAAGACGUGUACACGACGUUCGCCAAAGCCAGCGUCGGGGCGCGCCCACUGGCGGCCGACGACUUUUUACCGAUUUUCAUCUUUUGCAUUUGCAACGCCAAGCUCAAGACGCCACUGACGACGCUCGAGCUCAUGUGGUCGCUCUGCAACCAAGAGUCGCUGCAAGGGGAAGCCGGCUACUACCUCACCAUGUUGGAGGCCUCGCUCGAGUACCUGCGCGCCGCCGACUAGUCGUAGUUGCGGAUCUAAGGAGCGCCUUGAACAGAAUAACACUCCAUGACAAGUCGUAGCUCGAUGGGAGCUGUGACGCUUUUUCUAAUACUGUG